AUAAAAUAGACAACCAGUUAUCUAAUAUGAAAUAAAACGGACACUAAUACCAAAAAACAACCAAAAAUAACAACCAAAGUAACAAAAUAUAAUGCAAAGCUAAUACAGAACAGCAGUAAAGACAACCAACUAGCGAUGACUAAACCCUUAACAACUACCUUUGACACCAAAAGAAUUUCGGCUCCUUAUAUAUUUUUCCUCUCACUGUGGUGGAGUCAUCUCCAGUAUUUUGCAAUGAGUAAUCUUAUCGGAAAAAAGCCCUUGCGUGAGAAAACGGUGUCCCGGACUUGUGAGUCAGGCGGUCACGUGAACGUCAUGAGCUGGCUUCACGUGACUCUCGCCUUUAUGAAUCAUCCGGUGUUGCGAUAUCGGCAUCAAUUACUGCAAUUUUAGUAAGACUUUAGUUGAUAUCACGCCUUUAUUUAUGAAUCAUAGGUCUUGGGGUUAUUAGAUGAUUAUGGGGGCGAUUAG